CAGAACCCAACCUCUUAUUCCUACCUCCAUUGAUCCCUAUAUCCAUUCAAAUAUUUUUCUUCCUCCACUAUAUCUGAAUUCGCACCCAUAAUGGAGAGCCUAAACAUAUACAUCCUCACUUUCAAUUGCGCUCGGAACCCCGUUGACGUUAGCCGUUUCGCUCACCAUUUCUUCGAUGCGCUGCCCCUCACCGACAGUUCAAGCGCCCCUGCACCACCGGACCUCAUCGUCCUAUCUCUGCAAGAAAUCGCACCUAUCGCAUAUGCAUUCCUCGGUGGCUCAUUUUUGGCCCCGUAUUUCGCUUCUCUGGCUCAGGUGGUAGAGCGCGCCGUGUCUCAGCGCUGGGAGACCCAUUACGUCAACCUGGUUACAGAUAAUAGUGGCAUGACGGGACUCAUGGUGUAUGCACGAUCGGAUGUGACGGAACGUAUAUCUUCAAUUCAUACUGCUCGAGUCGGAUUUGGCUUCCAGCAAAUGGGAAACAAGGGCGCGGUUGGGGCACGACUGGCCUAUGCGACACGGGAGACGCCUGACGACACAGUGGAUCUAACCUUCAUCGCUGCCCACCUUGCGCCCAUGGAGUAUGCUGUACAGCAAAGGAAUGAAGAUUGGCGUAGCAUGGUAGAGCGAUUAGUGUUUGAUCGUGUGACAUCAAGAAACAGGGAGAACAUUGAAACAGGGGAUGACUCCGAGAGUACCGCCUUGCUACACGGUUCUACACGGGGUUCCGGCGAUGAUUGUCGCGGUAUCUUUAUUCCUACAAGUUAUCUCUUUCUGGCAGGCGACUUGAAUUACCGCACUUCUAAUGCUUCGCCACGGAAAGAGGAUUGUACCCGGUUUCCACAAGCGGAGGUGGAUCCAGCUGAUCCACGUCAUUUCUCCCAUCUGUUGAAAGAUGAUCAGCUUACCCGAGAGAUGCGACAAUCUCGAAGCUUCCAUGGCCUGUCGGAAGCCCCGAUCACAUUCCCCCCGACGUACAAGUACACGGAUGCUGCGCGCCAGGCCGCAGCAUGUGAAGACGGCUCAAAGGAGUGGCUGUGGACCAGUACACGCUGGCCUAGCUGGACUGAUCGGGUAUUAUACCUGGAAAGGUUGCCUGGUUUGGGCGAGGAAGCACGGGUUAGGCCCCUAAACUAUAACGCACUGCCGCUGUUUCCGACGUCAGAUCAUCGAGCUGUCGCACUGUCAGUUUCCGUUUCCGUGCCGCCCAGGCGACCAGCAGAUGCAGCUCAGGCAGCAAUCCCGUUCCGGAUCGACCCAAGAUGGGAGAGUAAACGAGAUGCUGCGCGGAGAAAGGAGCUCGUAGUGGGUUGUCUGGCAUAUUUGGGAUGGACUUGGGAGGGUAACGGUCUGUUGGCAGCCUCGGUAGUUGGAUUAUUAGGGGCCUGGCUUGUGCUUCGAUCGCUGUUUGGUGCCUAAGAUUUGGGAGCGUAGUGACAGUUGCAUUAAGAUCUUGGCCCGAAACGCUCUGCCCUGCCCCAUGUCGAUCAUUCUUGAUCUCUUGCCCACGAAGAGCCAUGAACUAUGAAUAAUGGGGCAACCUGUUUCACACCUCAAACACCGGAGCUGCCAUCUACCGUGCCCUGCUGGGUUUGAAUCAACA